AUGGGAGAGAACCAGCUUGCUUCUGCUCUCAGAUACUGUCAUCAACAUUCCAUCAGACGUGUAGUUGUUGGUAAAGGCUCAAAUUGUCUCUUCGAUAAUCUGGUUUCUGAUGGUUGUGUUAUAUUGAACCGGAUUGAGUUCUUGGACAAGAUACAGCAUGGAGUUUAUAGAGUUGGAAGUGGAUUUCGAUUUUACCAUUUAGGUGUGCAAUGUUGCAAUGAAGGUUUUACAGGUCUUGAAUUUGCAGGAGGAAUUCCUGGGACUGUAGGCGGAGCUACUUACAUGAAUGGUGUGGAGCUAAUGGGCAGAGUUGGUGGAGCAAUGAUUUCUUACAUCCAUGCCAAUUUCUUCAUAAAUGCUGAUGGUUCAACUUCUCAAAACAUGCUUGAGCUCAUUGCUUUGGCUAAGGAGAAGGUAGAUCAAAAGUUUGGGGUGCAACUUAAGGAAGAAAUAAUACAUGUUCAUACAUAUUGUGAUGGCUUGAUCCACAAAAGAGACAAACAACAAGCAAUCUAA